AUGUUUAUGAUUUCUUCGGCCUUUUUGUUUUGCAAUUUAGACAAAACAAACGUUUCAUUCGCUGGGAUGUUGUGUGGAUUUGAAUUGUAUGGUGCGGCAAUUUUGCAACAAACUGCUGAAUACAUUGAUCGAUUGGAGCAUGAAAAACAGCAGCUGGUGGCUCAAACACAGCAUUUACAAAGAUUGGUUGAUUCGUUGGGUGGUGGCAACAAUAAUAAUAACAACAAUGACUGCCCUCAACAACAGAUUGUUCAACAAACGAUUACCUCAUCACCGUCAACUGGUGGCGCCAUUAAGAAGCGAAAAUUAGAUCAAGUAAUGACAGUACAGACGAUUUCUGAUUCAUCAGAUGAGGGUCUUGGCUCGAUGUCACCCGAACCCGUCACACAAAUGAUGUUCACAAACGGCGCAAGUACGAUUACAAAGACACAUAUGGUGAGUGCCACGAGUGUCACCACCAUCAAUGUUAAAGAUUACGUGAACCUUCAAAAUCAAAUGGAAACCGAACGACGUCAUCGCAUUCAAUUGGAAGAACAACUAAAGCAGUUGGAGAUGCAAUUCUAUUCAAGUCAUCAGAUUCCAACACAAAAAUAUCAUCAAAUUCAGGGUCAAUCUGAUGAUUGUGACGAGGUCGACGGUAUGGUGAUUGAGGAGAAAGUCAUAAUGCGUAAUGUUGAUCAAGAUGUUCAUUACAUUGGUAAUUUACCAUCACAACAACAACAACCGCAGUUUGGUGUGUUAAAUAUGAUUGAGGAAGUAGCUGUUCAAUCACCACCGCGCGUUAAUACACCACCAUCAGUUAAUAUUCGAACGACUUAUCCAAAUAACAGUCAACGGCCGAAUUUGGAGACAAUUGUUGAAGCAAUUCGUCAUCUUGAAGGUGAUGCCUUUGAUAUGGAUGAUGGACAAGAACAGAAUACGAAACUUCAACAAUCAGCAACAGCAACAUCAGUAGCAGUAACACAAGAUGCUCCACUUGCUCUUACAACCGGUAAUAAAUAUCAACAGAAUGGACUGAAAGAACAUCAACAGCCAUUUCUUAAGUUCCGUCAUAAUGCAACGUCACAAUCCGGUUUGCCAACCUUCUCCCUAAGCGUGCCAUCGCAACAACAACAGCAGCAACAGCAAUACCAGCGACCUGGAGUCAUUGUGGUCAAGCAAAGCUCCUGA